GCAGGCGCGCUGCUUUUGCACAGCUGCUGCUCUUUUUGCAGAUCUAUAAACAAAGCGGCUCAGCCCUGUGGCUCUGUGGGAUACGAGAGGAAAUCCAGAUGAGCUUUUCAGCUGCUGAAAAGCGCUGCCGAUCAUGAAUCUAACCCUGCUUUUAUUUUUGGCUUAAAGGAGACGCAACAAAGCGCACAAAAUGGUUGUGCUCCAGGCCGGUGCGAAUAAGUAGGUUUACUAUAGCUUUAAGAACGCAAAAAUAGUGUCUGCUUCUUUAAAAUUAUAUCGGUUUAUUACUGAAUAGAUAAUUAAGAAAAGUUUUCAAUUAAAAUCAAUAAAUUAAUGCACAUAAUUUGCGGCGAAACCAACGCAUUCUGUGAAAUAUGUCACACUGUUGGAUAAAGGCCUCUUGCAAUCAAAACGUCUUUACACCAGAUCUUCUCCGUUUUUACUCAAACUGCAAGUAAACCUGCUCGACCGUGUGCGGAAUCUGAGGUAGGAACAGGGGUUCACUCGGUGAUGGAGCCGGACGGUGACCCAACCGGGGAUGUAAAUAAACUAGAGGAGCUGGUAGAGGACAAGGCCGCAGAGCAGACCCCGGCGACCGGUGCAGCCGCCACGCCGCGCAGGGGGCUGAGAGAGCGGGGAGCGGGCCGUCCGAGGUCCGGCGUCUCCGCCUCCCCGGACAUUAACGGAGCCGCACCGAGCCCCCAGAGCUCCGGCAGGGUUUUGCGGGACCGGUCGACCAGGGCGGUCCCGGCCUGGCUGAAGGACAGUAAAAGCGACGAGGAAGACGAGCCAAGCCCGGACACCAGUGCGACCAAGCGGAGGAAAGUUUCCAACUCCAGGCGGAGGAGAACCGCAGAGCCGGCAGGUUCAUCAGCCGAGCCCGACGGAGAGGUCGAAGGUGACCGCGUCCAAGCUAAAGACUCAGGGGACUCCAAGAAAUCUGCCACAGAUGUUCAAGCUCUUCCCUCUAGACGUCCCCCAGCCCAGAGCCGUGCCAAACCCUCGUCUGGCAGGGCUGCCAGGGGCUCUGCCAAGCCCGUGUGUAAGAGCGAACCUGGCACAGACAAUCCAGCUGCAGUGGAUGAAGAUGUGAAAGUUAAGAAGUGCACUGUUGAAAUUAAGAAGAAAGAGGAGUCCGAGGAGGUUGAUGAUUCGGUCCUGGAUGAUGAAGACCCUCCAUUUCAGGACGACCCAAAAGACCUCAACUACCAGCCACAAAGUCAGAGUGGCGUGGAGGAGGACGAGGGCCUCAGCAGUGAUGAAGACGUCCCCUUCAGAGAUGACUUGAACGACCAGAGCUACGACCCCAAGGCUGAGAGGUUAGAUGUCCCCAAACCAAAGCGCAGACCUCCUCCCAGACAGAAGGAGAAGAAAGAGAAAGCACCUGCAAAAGAGAAGGAGGUUACUGAGAUAAAGAUAGAAGGUUCAGAGAACUUGGAGAGCACUGAGGAAGAGGUGAAGCUGGAGGAGGAAACAGGGGAGGACCCAGAUGGACCAAGGAAGAGAGGCAGGCGACGGAAAGAUGACAAAACUCCACGGCUGCCAAAGAGAAGGAAGAAGCCCCCAGUGCAGUAUGUCCGCUGUGAGAUGGAAGGAUGUGGCACUGUCCUGGCUCAUCCUCGCUACCUACAGCAUCAUAUAAAGUACCAGCACUUGCUCAAGAAGAAAUAUGUAUGCCCUCAUCCCUCGUGUGGAAGACUGUUCCGACUACAGAAGCAGCUCUUGCGUCAUGCAAAGCAUCACACAGACCAGAGGGACUACAUCUGUGAGUUCUGUGCUCGAGCCUUCAAGAGUUCCCACAACCUGGCUGUGCACCGUAUGAUCCACACAGGAGAGAAGCCGCUCCAGUGUGAGAUCUGUGGCUUCACCUGUCGCCAGAAGGCCUCUCUCAACUGGCACAUGAAGAAGCACGAUGCCGACGCCACCUAUCAGUUCUCUUGCUCAAUUUGUGGCAAGAAGUUUGAGAAGAAGGACUGUGUGGUGGCCCAUAAAGCCAAGAGUCACCCAGAGGUACUGAUCGCUGAGGCCCUGGCUGCCAACGCUGGUGCCCUCAUCACAACACCUGCUUCCCUGCUGGAACUGCAGGGAAACUCCCUACAAGCUGAGGCUACCAACCUGGAGGUGAGCCAAGUAGGGCAAGGCGGGCAGGUGGCACAGCUGAGCCAAGAGGGGCAGGUUGGGCAGCAAGUGGCUGAAGUGUCCCAGAUGGGUCAAGUGGCCCAACAAGUAAGUCACCAGGUGGUGUUACUGGGUCAAGACCAGAGCCUCCACACUAUGCAGGUGCCGGUGACCAUCGCCCUGUCCCCCAUUGACCCCUCUUCACCAGCUGACAACCAGCAGCAGACCCACCUCCAGCUCCAGAUGCCCCUCCAGUUUGUACAGACCACUCAGCAGUCACAACAGGAGCCCCAAGUUCAGCAAUUGACCCUCCAUUCCAGCUCAGUGGUGACCCAGCACCAACCCCAGCUGCAGCAAAUGCCCCUUCAGUCGUAUUCCUCCCAGCAGCCGCAGCAGCAAGGCCAAACACAAAUCCUUCACAUGACCUUCCAGCCCGUCAGCCAGUCCCAGACCCACAUUCAACAGAUCCCCAUUCUAGCAACCCCUCAGCAGCUCCAGACCCUGCAGACCGCCACCUCUACCCCUUCUCUCCUCUCCCCGUCCCAGCCACAGCCCCAAGAUCCAGCCUCCACCAACGGGGAAAGCUUUGUUCUGGACACUUCGGUGCUCUCCUCCUCCUCUCCGUCAGCUAACUCCCUGCAGCAGACGGAAGCGGUGGGGGAGGGCGGUGUGGUCUGGGAGCAGACGGGGGAAGGGGAAGGUCUGACUGAUGGCACCGAGGGACAUGUGCAACAGGCACUCAUGUAACAUAGGAAGGGUGCGGUUAAGGCAGGGCAUAGGUAGAAGCUAUGUUAUCACUGACCCUAUAUACUGUAAUGCAAUGUUUGAGAUACAUGUAGGAUCAUCAAUAUAUUAUGUACUGUUCACCCAUAGUCACCCUUUGGUAGCUUUUUAGAUUUAUCUGUAUCAGGGAAAGAUAUGGAUGUGUGUCUGUAUGUGUAAGUCAUUGCCUUUGCACAUAAAGUGAAAUAAUGUUAGUCCUCUAAACUUAACUGGCCUUUUAUGUGAGUGUGUGUAUUGAUGCUGAAAUCAGUUCUGGGAGGACAUGUUGCACUAUUGCAAAGCCCAGGCUAUUAUGCAAUAAUUUAGCAUACCUCCAAGUAAACUACAGCACAUUUUAGACUCUUAAUGUGUGGUACCAUCAGGGUCUCUACUUUCAAAUCAAGUCAACUUUAUUUAUAUAUAUGAGUUUAAAUACAAAACACUUUGUAAUAAAGUGCUUCACACAUUUAAAAGAAAAAGAUUAACCCGAAACUGUCUUAACAGACAAAACCCAAACAUUUCAAAAGCUGGAAAAGUCAUAGACUGUAAAGGAGGUGGUUCACAGCCCUGGAGAAGUUUAGGAACAUGGUUUCUAUCCUAAAAGGUUUGAUAACUUUGACCGUCCUUUCUGUUGCUUAGCUUAUUGUCAAGAUUGGCUGCUGGUAUAUUUAAUCAGGUUUGAAGAAAUAAUAACCUGUAAAAUAAAUUUCCUCCUCACAGAAGUCCCAGGUAGCUAUAGGGAGCAAGAAGAUGACCUUGGGUAUUCAAUUCAGGUAUAUAUCCAAAAAGUAACAGUAAGCAGUCACUAGACCAUGGAAACUGAACAUGUCAUGAAAUAGUCCUUGAAUAGUCAUGUUAUUAUA